AUGGUUGUACUUAAAUCCCGGUGGAGGGUGAGAGUCGGAUCGCCGAGCAAGUGGGUCAGAUCUCUACACUAAUGCUCAAGGUUUGCUCCACGGCCGGCGCCACCGGCGUUGCCGGCGCAGCAGCUGUUGUUCCUCCAUCGAGGGCUCAAUGCCGUCGUCUCUUGCCGUUGGCGGCGAGAGAUGGGCCGCGGAGGUUGAUGGCGGUGCGCUGCUCCCGCGAGGGCUCGAUGGCGGUGUCGGCGCCGCUUGAGACGGUGGUCGGAGAGGGGAAGGGAUUGGCGGAGAAGCUGAGGCUUGGAAGGCUUUUAGAGGAUGGCUUGUCUUAUAAGGAGAGCUUCAUCGUCAGAUGUUAUGAGGUCGGCAUCAAUAAGACUGCGACUGUCGAGACCAUCGCCAAUCUCCUUCAGGAAGUUGGCUGCAACCAUGCACAGAGUGUUGGAUUCUCUACUGAUGGGUUUGCCACCACCAACACCAUGAGAGAGCUUCGACUUAUUUGGGUGACAUCUCGUAUGCAUAUAGAGAUAUACAAGUAUCCAGCCUGGGGUGACGUUGUGGAGAUUGAAACUUGGUGCCAAGGAGAAGGGAGGAUUGGCACUCGGAGAGAUUGGAUUAUCAAGGAUUUAGCUACUGGUGCAGUUAUUGGUAGAGCUACCAGCAAGUGGGUGAUGAUGAACCAAGACACCAGGAAGCUUCAACGGGUAACUGAUGAAGUGAGGGAGGAAUACCUUGUCUUCUGUCCAAGACAACCUAGAUUAGCAUUUCCAGAAGAGGAUAAUGCUAGCUUGAAGAAAAUUCCCAAACUUAAAGAUCCAGUAGAAAAUUCACGAUUGGGACUUACGCCAAGGAGAGCUGAUUUGGAUAUGAACCAACAUGUAAACAAUGUCACAUACAUUGGAUGGGUUCUAGAGAGCAUGCCUCAAGAAAUAAUCGACACCCAUGAACUACAAAUGAUAACAUUAGACUACAGACGGGAAUGCCAGCAGGAUGACGUGGUCGAUUCUCUUACUAGCUUGGAGUUGACAGAGGGGGAAGAAAAGAUAGUUCACCAUGCUAGUACCAAUGGGUCUGCCAGUGGAAAGAGAGAUGGACUAGAUCACUGUCAGUUUUUACAUUUCCUGAGGCUUGCAGGCACCGGACUUGAGAUAAAUCGGGGACGCACUGAAUGGAGAAAGUUGGUUAGAUGAGAUCCUUAACUUUAAUUUUAUGUUCCCAAUUUGUUUCCAUUUGUUUCCAAUAAGUUUGUUGUUUAAGAAAAGUGUCGGACUUAUUUUGUUGGUUUGUUCGGUUCAUUUUUGUUGGCCUUGAGCAGAUGGUACUAAUUUAUUUUGAUUAUUUAUGUUUUUUUUUUUU